AUGCCUAAAUCGUUGCCCCCCUAUGAAACCAUUGUUAGAUGGACAGUUAAAGAUGUUGUAGAAUGGCUUAAAGAGGCUGGCCUAGGUGAAUUUAAAGAUCAUGUUACUAAACAUAAUAUUGAUGGAAACAAGUUAGCAUCUCUGUCAGAAUUCGAUGUUAAUAAUUUUGUUGGAAAAACUAAAAAGAAAGUAGAGUUACAGAAUUAUAUACUUACCAUUAAGAAGCCAAAGAAUGUACAAUCUCGAGCAUGGAAUCCACCUCCACAAAAACAGUCAUCAUCUAAUUCUAAGAAUGGUUAUGAUUCUGGUUCAGAUGAUUCAAUCUACAGUUGGGGAGAUGAAUUUUCAGAUGAUGAUGGAGGCAAGGGAGGUAAUAAUGAUGAUGAUGAUGAUGAUGAAAAUUAUGUAGAUAAGUUGAUCAAUCCAUUAUCAAUGCUAGGAUUCACCCAAAACAAAUUUUAA